UUUGUGAAACAUACACAGUACACACAAACACACAAAUACACACACAGAGCGAGCGAGUCGCAGUAGAGAGGUGUGCUAGUGUUUCCAAAUGUCGAAGCUCAUAUUGGUGUUCCUCACCCUCAUUCCUCUACUCUGCAGCUCCUUCUCUCUCGAUAGACCCUCAGAUCGGCGAGUCCUCGUUUUGCUCGAUGACUUCGCCGUCAAAUCCUCUCACUCUCUCUUCUUCAAGUCUCUCCAAUCUCGUGGCUUCGAUCUCGAUUUCAAGCUUGCAGAUGACCCCAAGAUUGCGCUUCAGAGAUACGGCCAGUACCUCUACGAUGCCUUAAUUUUGUUUUGCCCCACAAUCGAACGUUUUGGAGGAUCCAUUGACGCAGCUGCAAUUUUGGAUUUUGUUGAUUCGGGUCAUGAUUUAGUUGUUGCUGCUGAUAACAAUGCAUCUGAUUUAAUUCGGGAAAUCGCCACCGAGAGUGGGGUGGACUUUGAUGAGGAUCCUGCUGCUAUGGUUGUAGAUCAUUCAGGAUAUGCAGUCUCUGCUACCGAAGGGGAUCAUACAUUGAUUGCUAGUGAUGAUUUUAUCAAGUCUGAUGUGAUCUUGGGAAGCAAAAAAAUUGAGGCUCCAGUACUUUUCCAGGGAAUUGGGCAUUCAUUAAAUCCUUCCAAUAGCCUGGUGUUGAAAGUUCUUUCGGCAUCUCCGUCAGCCUUUUCUGCUAACCCAAAAUCUAAGUUGACAAGUCCUCCAUCACUCACUGGAUCUUCUAUCUCAUUAAUUUCAGUUAUACAGGCAAGAAAUAAUGCUCGGAUAUUGAUCUCUGGCUCAUUGAGCAUGUUCAGCAACCGAUUUUUCAGGUCUGGUGUGCAGAAGGCCGGGAGUCCAACUAAACACGACAAGUCAGGUAAUGAGCAGUUCUUGACUGAAAUUAGCAAAUGGGUUUUCCAUGAAAGAGGUCACCUCAAGGCGGUGAAUGUGCAACACCAUAAAGUUGGGGAAGCUGAUGAACCAGCCAUCUAUAGGAUCAACGAUGAUUUGGAAUACUCUGUUGAAAUUUUUGAGUGGUCUGGGACAACUUGGGAACCUUAUGUAGCUGAUGAUGUUCAAGUGCAAUUUUACAUGAUGAGCCCCUAUGUCUUGAAGACUUUAUCAACCGACAGCAAGGGUCGUUAUUUCACAUCCUUUAAGGUUCCAGAUGUCUAUGGAGUUUUCCAAUUCAAAGUUGAGUACGAAAAACUUGGAUAUACAAGCUUAUCUUUAUCAAAACAGAUUCCUGUACGUCCCUUCAGACACAAUGAAUACGAGAGAUUUAUACCAGCAGCUUAUCCAUAUUAUGGAGCAGCAUUUUCGAUGAUGGCAGGUUUCUUCGUCUUCACUGCUGUUCAUCUGUACAGCAAGUAGAUGUAAACCUUUGAAUGAAGAUACUGUAGUUUGUAGCAUGAGGGUUGGACUUAUUUUGAGAUAGAAAAUUUUGAUUAGGCAAUGAUAAAAACUUAUGUUUCUAAUUGAUUAUAUAUGCGUUACUUUUCUUAUUUCUGUUGGCCUUACAGUUUAACAUCAUACUAUUUUUUGUCAUACGGCAAGUCUCCUUGCUUGGCAUAUCUUUGAUGCUGGUAAUAUUCGACUACAAGUUUUGCUUACCGCGAAAGGG